AUGUCCGCCUUGCAGGCUGCCGGCAAAGAAACCUCAGCAGGAAUCUGCAACUGUGUUGGCUUCCUCACGACUACUACCGGCGAGACCAUCAGCGUUUCUGAAAAAUUGUACCCAGAGGUGUUCUGGAGGUUGCGCGGUGCCGGUCACAACUUCGGAAUUGUUACGGAGGCGACGUACCGCAUCUAUGACGCUGCUAACGAGGGCAUGCAGUAUAAGGCGGAUGUUUACUUCGACACACCUGGCGCGUGUGCCAGCCGCGCGCGCAAAGUUGCCAGCGGCGUGUCGGCAAAGACCUGGGACAUCCCCAGCAUCCAGCAUGCGUUCGAGAAGUUUAAGGAGUUCAUGAGGCUCCCAGAGACCGGAACGACGAUUAUCCUGUUUGAGUCGUACUCGAGGGAGGAGAUUAGCGUUGUCGUUUUGAAUGUGGUGUACGAGGACAAGAAAUUGGACGCGCAGGCGGCGGACUGGUUGUUCGAGGUGAUGGCGAUCCUUCACGCCGACAGCGGGUUCGACAGGCCGGCGGUGUAUAUGAACUAUGCACAGGGGACGGAGGGCUUUGGCGCGAUGUAUGGACGUGAGGAGUGGCGACAGGAGAGGCUAAAGGAUCUGAAGAGGAAGUGGGAUCCGGAGUGCAUGUUCAGUGGGUAUAACCCGAUUCCAAUCAAGUGUCAGGAGCAGAUAGUGGGGCGAACGACCGGCUCUGGGAGAACUUUAAUGAUGUAA